AUGCCUUCAAUAAUAAUUUUAAUAAUUUUUAUUUACUUCAUUUUUGUAUUAUUUCAAUUCAAUACAUGUCAACAAUUUUGUAGUAAAUAUGGACAAAUUUGUGAUAUCAAUUCAAAAUGUUGUAAAGGGCUAAAUUGUAAACUUGCCGUAAUAAAAGAUGGCAGACCUAAUUUCAAAUGUGUUCCUUGUGUUCAAGAAGGGAAUUUUUGUGUUAAGAAGGGCAGAAUUUGUUGUUAUGGUUAUAAAUGUGUUGAUAAUAAAUGUACAAAAUGCACAACUGAUAAAUUAAAGUGUAAUGGACCAAAUGAAUGUUGCUCUGGAAUAUGUGACGAAAUACCUCAAGUAGGUGUACCUCGAGGUUCUGCUGGGCUACCUGGAAGUCCAAAUAAAGUUUGCGUCAACAACAAUAUAAUUUCUAUUUAA